AUGUGCGCCCGCAAGGCCAAAAAGCCGACUUUGAACGGAGAAGAGGAGGGAAAAUCACCGAUUGCAAAACCAAAUCGCAAACCAAGAAGUCAAAGUCGGGGAAGAAACGAAAGCCACGUGUGUGAAAACUGCGGUGCUACAGAAACUCCGCUUUGGCGGAGAACGCCGGACGGAAAACUGACAUGCAAUGCGUGCGGACUUUAUUACCGAGCGAAUAAAUGCCAUCGGCCUGUUAAUUUGAAAAAGCCACCUCUUUUGGUGUCAAUGACGAAGUCUGAGCAGCUCGCAAUUAGGACAGGAGGCACGUGUCAGGGAUAUGGUCACUGUAAUGGAACUGGCGGCUCGAAAUCCUGCAAGGGGUGCCCUGCUUUCAACAACAAGGUGAUGAAAUUGUCGUUUCAGCGUGAUAUGGGGUGUCCCAAAGUUAAGAGCGAGUUUUGCGGCACACGGGCUGUUUGUGCCGACUGUACAUGUGGAAAAGACAAGAGUCGAGCUUCCGGUGAUACUUUGAAUGUGGGAAAAUCGUUUUCUUCGCUUACUGUUGCCUGCUACAACUGCGGAACUACCGUUACUCCACUUUGGAGGCGGGAUGAUAGUGGGAACACUAUCUGUAACGCUUGUGGCUUGUACUAUCGGCUGCACGGGGUUCACAGACCAGUCAACUUGAAGAAGGGUGUCAUAAAAAGGAGAAGAAGACGCAUGAAAACGGUCAAAGAUGAAGAAAGUAACGAAGCACUUCAGCAGACCGGUAGCAUAAAAGAUGAAAACACAACCGAAACACACUCAUCGCCACCAGAACAGGCAUUCCGACCGAGCUUGCUGGAUCAUCCUGCUCCAGAUAUGCCACAAACCCUUAACAAGCUGCCGACAAACGACAGUAUUCGCAUUUUACCACCAAUAUUUGGCACAAGCUGUGGUUCGGCGUACUCUAAACUACGGAAUGGCCCAUUUCCCGGUACGGGAAAAGUGAUGGCCGUUGAUUUUACUACAUCCAAGUUUCCUGGAGGUACUGGUGCCACCCGGACAGCCUUGAAAUCACCAAAAGAGCCAAAAAAAAGAGCUACCGAGAUCAAGGUCGAUUUCUUGCUCAAUCGGCAAUAG